AUGUUUUUGCGUGGAGAAUGGGUAAGUUGUUGUUUGGAAAAUUUUUUGAGUUGAUUUUUAGGCAUUUUUUGAUGUUAAGGAUGCUUUAUGAAGCCUUUGGGGUAAAUUAAAAGGUAAAAUAUGUUUUAUGAGGUGGAAGGAGGUUAAACUUGUCCUAGAAGGUUUUAUUUGUGAGUGGGCGAAGUUAUUUUGAAGCACUCUACAUUGGUUUUGACAGAUAGAUGGAUUUUUGAUAUUAUUUUAGGUAGAAAUAAGUGGAAAAUGCGUCGCAAUGUUGCGUGUACGCCUUUUCGUCCACAAUUAUGUUUUAUAGACCUGUAAAGUUAUUCGGGGCUUUUGUUUACUGUAUUUUGUUGCAUUUGACUUUCAUUUUCACAUUAUAUUAUUCAUGUUUGCCUCUGUUUUCCAGGUGGAAUCCCCGUGGCCCGAACAUAAACCGUCGUCUCUGAAGAAGGAAAUCGAGGUGCUGAAUGGAUCAGAACCGCUGUGGAUUCAAGCAAAAUUGGGUAGAACAGGCAAUCGAGGAGAUGCUGCCAUUUUCUGUAUUAUGUUGUCUUUUUCGAGGGAUUUCAACAAUAAACUAUUCACGUUUAAUAGGAAGGUUAUAAACAAGAAAGGUAACAAAAACAGCAGUCGUUGA